CAUCAACCUCGUGCUCCCCUUUGUCAACGGCAUGAUGAUGGGAUUCGGUGAGAUCUUCGCCCACGAGCUGUGUUUCCGGCACAAUUGGCGUUUUGCCAGGGUCUCCCCGCCAGAACGGAUGCUCCGUGCCAGAGAGAGAGCGAGCGAGAGAACGAGCGCUGUUCUUGGCGGGGACUCCGUGCUGCUACAUUAGGCAGGGGGCGAAACGACCCCGCACGCGGGCCGUGGUCAUGAUUCACCGUCGGCCUUACUCCGAGGUGCUGGGCCGGGGACGGGGCCAGCCCCGGCGUAUAAAGGGUGGGGGUCAUAAGCAGACGGCAGACGGGCAGCCAGACGGGCAGCCAGACGGCGGUAUGCCAUAGACGUGUGUAGCAGCGUGUAGUUCUGGCCUUCGGACAGCAGCAGGUGUAGGAAUUGGAAACUAUAACUAUAGCCAUAGCCAUUCUAAACAAAAACAAACACAAUAACCAUAACCAGAAGUAGCCAUGUACGAUUCAUCGACUCAGGCAUACUUGAACAAGGGCAAUGCCUAUCUCAUCCGGUCGGUGCGCAACGUCUUGUUGUUCUACUCCAAGCGACGCAAGUACAUCUUGCGGGUCUGCUACUGCUUGAUCAUCUACAUGAUCUUCAACAAUGGGUCCAAGUCGAAGGCAAGGCCUAAAUCAAACCCAAAGACGUUUCCGGAGUCGAGGUCGAGGUCACUAGUGGAACCUGUUGGAGGCGGGCAGAUCUCGCAAAAUGCACAAGAAAAAGUAUCACCACAGGAGAGCCCGUCCGCAAAGAAGUACAAGCCGUUAAUUGCAGGGAAAGCGAUUUUGAAAAAGCUGCUGUACAAAUUCAAAAAUUCCUCCACGGUGGCUCUCUUCUCCCAGCUCAAUUUGAGAAGUCCGAAAACACUCCACUCGUUCUACCAGCUUGCAUUGCAGGUGAUACUUCUUUUCUUCAAGGCCUUCUUGACCUUGCAGAUAGCCACCUUGGAUGGUAACUUGGUCUCCUCGUUGAUCUCACGCAGGUUCAAGAAAUUCUUCAAGUUCUUGCUGCUCUGGCUUGUGAUCGGUAUACCAACUUCGAUUACAGAUUCCCUGUUGGAGAAGUCGAAGAAACUUCUUUCUCAGACAAUUCGGGUCAAUCUAACAACGAAAAUGUUGGACGAUUAUCUACCUUCUAACGGCAACGCGACGUUGUACCAGCUUUUGAACUCAAAGUCAUCCGCAAUCACAGACCCUAACCACAGGAUAACAAGCACAGUAGAAAACUUUUCCAACAGUUUCAGUAUCCUCCCCUCUCAACUUCUAACUCCAAUUUUGGACAUACUCAUUGCCGCUAACCAUAUGGCCAAAUCCAGUGAAAAUGCCUCCGAAGGAGCCCUUUUACUAGGCCUGGUAGCAAACGUAUCAACUUUGGUGCUCAAAUUUUUCACUCCAAAUUUCAGCACCAUGAAUAACAUGAGAAAUACCCUAGAAAACAAGUUUCAUGAGUUCCAUUCCAAUAUCAUAGUCAACAACGAGGAAAUAGCGUUGGCUAAAGGCCACUCUAGAGAAAUAGAUUUGCUUGACACAUCCUAUUUUGAGUUUGAGAAGUUCGAAAGAAUGACUUUGAGAAGAAUGGCAGUUUACAACUUUGCCAUCAGCUUCAUCUUCAAAUACACUCUAGGCGCCUUUGGUUUGAUGUUGUGUGCCGUUCCAACGUUCACUUCGGUCUAUUUUGCGGGCUUCAAGCCAAGUGAGGAACUCGUUUCAGGAUUGUCGUCUGACUUUGUUGCAAAUAGAAGCUUGCUUUUGAAGGCAAGCGAUAGCUUGGGCAAAUUGAUCCAGUCAAAGAAAAACAUACAAAAUAUGACAGGUUACGCUAAUGAACUUUGGGAAUUCGAAAAGGAAUUGAUUGAUAUCAACGAAUCCUCUCAAUUGGAAAAUGCAAUAAAUACCAGGAAAGAUAGUCAUGGUAACAAUCAUGUUAAUGCUGAUUCUCAGCCUUUACUAGUUGGACCAAAUGUCAGCUAUGGAGAUGAAAUCAGCUUCCAUGAAAUUCCUCUUGUUACUCCAAACGGUAAUGUUCUAGUGGAGAAUUUGACUUUUUCAAUCAAGCCUGGAGAUAAUUUGCUCAUAAUCGGGCCGAAUGGUUGUGGUAAGUCCUCUUUGUUUAGAAUUUUGGGAGGAUUAUGGGAGGUCAAGGAUCCGGGGAAAUUGGUGGUUCCUUAUGAUAAGAAGGACCUUUUCUAUCUACCGCAAAGAAGCUAUUUCACUUACGGUACUUUAAGGGAGCAGAUAAUAUACCCUGAUUCCUAUGAUGAUUAUAGGGAUAAGAUUUUGAGGGCCAAACAGGAAAACCCUUCUUCUCCUGUUCACGAUGAUGAAUAUUUGAUUGAACUCUUGCGUGAAGUCAACCUCGAUUAUCUCCUAGACUAUGAUAGUGAUCUAGAAGAAGAGGAUGAUAUUGAAAAAGAUUUGAGUCGUGCUUCAACAUCUUCCUGUGUAUUCAUGAUCCCAUGUCUUGAUAGAGUUGAGAAGUGGCCGGAUAUUUUGUCAGUUGGUGAGCAGCAAAGACUUGCCAUGAUUCGUCUUUAUUAUCAUUGUCCAAAAUUUGCAGUUUUGGACGAAUGUACCUCAAGUAUUUCCUCCGAUUUGGAGCGUGAAUGUUACAGGAUUGCUAUAGAAGAUUUGAAGAUAACGGUUAUUAGUGUUUGCCAUCGUACGACUCUAUGGGAGUUCCAUUCCAAAAUUUUGAAGUUCAAAAGGCCUGAAGGUGAAGGAAUGGCCACUACGUUAUUCACGAGUUUUGAUCCAGAACUCAGGUUGCAAAGGCAUGAAGAGCUGAUUUCGAUCGACAAUUCUUUGAAAAGGAGCGAUGAGUUGACUAAACGGUUACAAGCUCUAAAGAAAAUGAAGAAUUCAAGAAGUGGAAGAAGGCCUGCUUUAAUGUAUAUAGAAGAAGAUGAUGACUAAGAUUAAUUCUUUUUUUGUUAUCUCAAUUUUAAUUUCUUAUUAAUGGAGUGUACACUAUAUAGUAAAGAUUUCUGGU